GGACGUACGAAUGGCACCACAUGCUCCUGGCUCCUCGGCCCUAUAAAUCCAUGGCCAUUUGAGCUCUCCUCGACGAGCACGGACAAGAGUAUAGUACAACGAAGAAGCGGAAGUAUCAGUAUUCAGUACAGUGUAGUGCACUGCUGCUUCGGAUCAAGAACAGAGGACCGGUCGAGCGAUGGCUACGUUUGCUGCUGCAACCGUGCCUCUUUCAGGCCGCGUCGCCGGAUCCAGGCGGUGCGCGCUGGCGCGGGCGUCAGCGACGAUGGCGGCCCCGGCGGCGGUGCUGGCAGGGAGGACGCACUACGAGGUGCUGGGAGUGGGCGCGGCGGCCUGCAGAGGGGAGAUCAAGGCCGCGUACCGGCGCCUGGCGAGGGUGGUGCACCCGGACGCCGUCGGAGCUGGCGCCGGUGGAGACGAAGGGUUCAUCCGGCUGCACGCGGCCUGCGCCGCGCUCGCCGACCCCGACCAGCGCGCGCGCUACGACCGGGACUUCGUGGCCGGCGCCGGAGCGGCGAUGUUCCGACGGGCAGCGGCGGCUCCGGGGGUCCGGCGCCGGACGUGGGAGACGGACCAGUGCUGGUAGGACGGACGAGCAGGGCUGCUCUGCUUUCCCCAUCGUGGACCCAGGAGGAGCCGACGCGCCGUCUGAUCCGGAUCAGACGGCCUAGGUCGAGCGACGCGACGCGGGAUCUGCGUACACUGCGACACCGCGAGAGGCGCUUUUUAAA